AUGCAAAAGAUGGUCUCGGCCAAGAAGGAGACGGUGAUUGCGAUGUGCCCCACUUACAUUUCCAUACUCUUCUACUUUCUGUGCGUUACGGCUUGCAUUAAGAAAAUCUCAGGUCAGGUAAAGAGGGAUGAGAAGUUAUACCCUGAAAAUUUCACCCAGAUCUUAGACCGACUUCUGGAGGGUUAUGACAGCAGACUGCGCCCUGGAUUUGGAGGUCCAGUGACUGAGGUGAAGACUGAUAUCUACGUCACUAGUUUUGGCCCAGUAUCUGAUGUGGAAAUGGAGUACACAAUAGAUGUGUUUUUCCGACAGACAUGGGAGGACCGGAGGCUGAGGUACGAGGGACCAAUUGAGAUUUUGCGGCUAAAUAACCUGAUGGUGACCAAAGUGUGGACUCCUGAUACCUUCUUCAGGAACGGGAAACGAUCUGUGGCUCACAAUAUGACUGCCCCAAACAAACUCUUCCGCAUAAUGAAAAAUGGCACAAUCCUUUAUACGAUGAGGCUGACAAUCAGUGCAGAGUGUCCAAUGAAGCUAGUGGAUUUUCCUAUGGAUGGCCAUUCCUGUCCACUUAAGUUUGGGAGCUAUGCUUACCCUAAGACUGAGAUGAUCUACACAUGGACCAAGGACUCUGUGGAAGUUCCUCCUGAAUCAUCCAGCCUUGUUCAGUAUGAUCUGAUUGGACAAACCGUCUCCAGUGAAACAGUGAAAUCUAUUACAGGUGAGUAUGUGGUGAUGACUGUCUACUUCCACUUGAAACGGAAAAUGGGCUACUUCAUGAUUCAGACGUACAUCCCAUGCAUCAUGACAGUAAUCCUUUCCCAAGUGUCCUUCUGGAUAAAUAAGGAAUCUGUGCCUGCCAGAACUGUCUUCGGUAUCACCACAGUCCUCACCAUGACCACUCUGAGCAUCAGCGCCCGUCACUCUCUGCCCAAGGUUUCCUACGCUACAGCCAUGGACUGGUUUAUUGCCGUGUGUUUCGCCUUUGUUUUUUCAGCCCUCAUUGAGUUCGCUGCUGUGAACUAUUUCACCAAUGUGCAAGCGGAACGAGCGAAGAAGAAGGCAGCCAAGAACGCGGCCGCUGCAGCUGCCAAGAGCUCCAUGCCAUCAGGCAAGGGCAAGGACUCUGAGGAGAUUCUACAGCAAAACUCAGACACUAAUGGCAACCUACGCAAACGUGUAAACUCUACGACUCAGUCUCAGCCCGACCCUAAGGGCAGCCAAAGAAAUGAAUCCUGCAUCAGGAGCUCUAUGGCCAUGUCCAAAGAGCUCCAGACAAGCCAAUUAUCCUCCAGCUCAAGCACAACAGGCAGCUCCUCAGGCCAAACACGACUCCAUCCCAAAUCCUUCAGCCAAUCCAAAACACUCACUCUGGCUUCAGCUUCCAAAACCACUCCCCCUGCGCCGCCUUCAACGCCAACAGUCCCUGAGCGCUCGUCAGCCAACACACCCACCGGCUCUGGCUCUCUACACCAUCUCCUAGCCCCGAAGUUGGAGAAUAUACAGAAAACGGAUGCAAAGGCUGCAUCCAGUGCUCAGCCAGCAGCUUCUACAGGCGGGGCCAGCAAAAUUGACAAGUAUGCACGCAUCCUUUUCCCAGUGUCUUUUGGGGCAUUUAACAUGGUGUACUGGGUGGUAUACUUAUCCAAAGACACCAUGGAAGCAAAAGGAGCCUAAUCACAGAAUUUUCUGAUUUUGUCAUAUUUCUUAAAGCCAAACAGACGAUAAAGACUGCAAGAUCGCUCCAAGGAUCAUGUCAAUCAAAAUCAAGACAAUUUCUUGAAUUUUCUUUCAAUGAAUGGACAAACAAAACAGCCUGGAAAAGCACCUCAGAAGAUCAUCUGGGUAACAUGAUUCAGAAAUCUUUUCAAGGUCGUCAAUGAGUCCUUUCACAGAAUGAGCAUGUGGAUAUAUAUUUUUUAAAAAAAGUCUUAGAUUUACUGGCCCUUUUAUAACUGGUCAUAAAAUGGCAGGCACAUUUAUUGUCAAGCACGUAGGU